ACCUAGUUCAGAAAGAAAGAAAGCAAGCCUCACGUGAACAGCGAACUCGCGAAGACUGCUCCCUGCUUGCCUCGCCGGCUCGCCGCCCUGCUGUCAACCCACGUCGACGUCGUACCUCCGGCGCUCCCGUCCCUGCCUCCACAAUGCCAUCGGCCACCGCCGUCACGCCGAAAUGUCAAGUAGUUCAAGUUCAAAGAAGUCAAAAGGCGAGGAUAAACAACCCAAUCUUCGUGAAUUCUUGUUUAAAAGAAUGAAAUCCCAAGGAUCAUUUAACGAAACCAUUGACUCACCUCCUUCUCCUUUAAGUUCCCCUCCAACUCAAGAUGUUAAUAUGGAAAUAGGUAGUUCAAGUGCUUGUGAUGAACCAUUGGAUGAUGAUUGUGAUGAACCAUUGGAUGAUGAUUGGGUGUGUGAUGUUGAACUUCUUCCUCAUGACCCGGGAUUGAGAAAAAAUAUAAUGGAUUAUCCCCCAAAUGAAAGAAAUCCGGUUAGGAGAGCUUAUAUUCUUAAAAAACCUUGCCAACUAAAAACACAUGUUUUCCCUCAAAAACAAGUAGGUGGUUUACGCCGUUUUAGUGUCAAUUGGUUCAAAAAAUGGGAUUGGCUUGAAUAUAGUGUUGAAAAAGAUGCCGCAUUUUGCUUUGCUUGUUAUUUGUUCAAGAGGGAUGUUGAAAUUUACAAUGGGGGUGAUGCAUUUGUUAAUGGAGGGUUUAAAUGGUGGAAUAAACCGGAUAGGUUUCAAAAGCAUGUUAUUUUGGAUGAAAUGAUUAUUGAUCGUUUUAAAAGUAUGAAGACUCGAAGGAUGAAUUUGUAAUUUUGAAGUGUAUUAGUGUAAGACUUUUAAGUAUUGUAAGACUUUUAUUGUUAUUUUGGAUUGUAAGACUUUAACAAUUGAUUCUAUUAUGUGUUGUAAUUUUUUUAUUUUUUAAAAAAAUUUAUUCGAAUAUCCGAACGACAUGACGUUCGUAUUUUGUACCCCCAGUUUGAAAUUCCUGGGUCCGCCACUGCACCAUAUGUGCGUAAGGAUUUAUAUUGUUCGGUUAUUGCUCCCCUACUACCCAAAUAACAUCAAAACUUGUUCCUACCUCCGUUUUAUAAUGAUAGUUUAUCUCAUAGUAAUUUUCAACAAAACCCUUUCUCGAAUAGAUGUUCUCUUACUUUAUUUGGUUCCUUAAAUAAACGGUUUAUGCAGUUUUUAACAUUAGAAGUCAAACUAUUUUCUCCAAGAAAAAUCCAAAAACUCUUCUAACCCUCUCAUAAAUCUUAAACUCAACUUUCCAUUUUUUGUCGUUUGUUGUACAUCAUACUUCUUCCAUUAUUAUCAUUUAUAAAAACUAUUGAUUACAAUAAUAAAAACAAAUAAAUUAAGUAUAAAAUUAUAACAGAAACAGUUAUAAACCUCUUUCAAUCUGCGAUCCCUCGUCAGUCUCCAGAAUAUCACAAUGAAAAAAAUACAAAACUAGUGGCAUUAUUCAAAGAAAAAUAGAAGACGACCUUUCAACUGCCUUAUCGUAGCCAAAUUUGAAUUUGUUCCUAUAAUUGAAUGGGACACAAUUAAUUAAAGACUAAGUCAGGAUUAGUUCAGGGUUUGUCUUUAAGCAAGGGUCAUGCUGGUGAUUAGGUGUUUGUUCUUCCUAUCAAGUCAAAUCUAAUACUAAGACCACUUUCUAAAAUGCCAAGUUAACCUCAUAAUUAACAAGGGUUAAGAGGGGCCGGUAUGGAAUUCUGAGGACUUACGCCAACGCCUAAGUCAGUGUUUGAAUGAAAUAAUUUUCCUAACAAGUCCUUCCAAGUGCAGAGCAACAACUAGGUGAAAGAUUACUUAAGUCUUUUUUAGCGUGAGACUUUGUAUGUAUCAAAUGAACAAGACCUUGUCUUAUUCAAUAAAUGUUCUUAUGUUCUUCCUAUUGUCUUUUGAAGAUCAAUAGAAUUUAAUUCAGUUCUUAUUCAAUGCACAAGUAAUAAAUUGUGAUUCUUAUGCUUGAGUAAAUUAUCUUUUUGUUGAGAAUAACUUAGUUGCCUUAUUUAUGGCUUGGAUUAGAAUACUUAUAGCCCAUCAUUGGACUGUCAAAGAAUAUCCCAAACACUGCUUAGUAGAUUUCUUUAACAAUCCCAAAAAUACCACCUUUUAUUUGGGUUACUACAACUACUAAAGUGUCAAAUUAUCAUUGGCCUCUUAGUGGUGUAUUAAAUACCCUAAUUAGAGUUACCCUCUUUAAUAGUUGACACGUGUCCAACUACAAAAAAAAGUAACCUCUUGAAAUUACCACUUGAGUGACCUAUAUACUUUCGACAUACUUAUGAGACAACUUUUAAAUAAUGCACCAUCCUUUUGUCUCUCUUGAAUUUUCCACCUAGUUAAGUAAUCAUUCACUUUCUGAAUCAGGCAUCAUUUCUUUGAUUCUGAAUUUAUUGGUCAAAUACCUUUCCCUGAAUUAUUAACAACUAUUUUAAUCCAGAAUUAGGGUCCCUGUUCCUAACAUAUACAAAAUUCAAAAUUCAAAAUGUUUGUUAAAUCUGGCGACGAGCUGGCGACCAACCCUAGCUGACACUCGCUAAAAAAUUCAAAACAAAAACAGUUUAAAGUAGCAACAAACUGACGACCAACCCUAGUCGUCGUCCAUUGUCAGAAAAAAAAAGGCAAUGAUGUUGGCGACAAACAAAAGCCAUAGAUUUGACCAAAUAUCCAUACUGGGAACGGAUGGUGUCGUCGCCCCUUUUUGUCAUCGUCAUUUUGUCACCCUACCAUCGCCAUUGGCGACAACCAAGUCGACAUCACCUUUUGUACGUCGCCAAAAUCACAUUUUUUGUAGUGGUUUUUUAGUUGUCCUAGAAGAUAACAAACACCUUCUUAUAGAAUUUUAAUUAUGGCAAUUUGAAAGAGAGUGAAUAAUAUAAGUUGAAGCUUAGAAAAUCCUAAUUCCUAAGGGUUAUGAGAACCCAAGUGCAGGGAAGUAGGCUUUACCUGAACUCCUUUCUGGUUUUCCACUUUAUUUUUAUGCACAUUAGUUGGUUUUAAAUUAUUAAACACAUUCAUAAAAUUUGAAUAACUGAAGAUCUUAAUAAUCUCAUUCAUUAGGAUUCUGACACGCGUAAAAACCUUAAAAUAUAUUUACUCUAUUCAACCUCCUCCUUCAAGAGUAUAUUUGUCAUAAGUACUCUAUUUAGAUUUUUCACAAAAUCAUUGGUUUUAAUUAAAUAUUGAAGUAUUUACCAUGAGUAUUUAUACAAAUCACGAUUGAUUAUAAUAGAAUUGUUCAUAUAAACGGUUAUAAAUUUAUUAGCAAAUGUCCAAUAUGAGAAUUACUCCAUAAAACUUGCUCCAUAGAAAUACAAUAACUUGAAAAGUUAUGAUAAACUAAUUUCUCAUCCCUAAGUCCAAAUUGAUUAUCGAGCAAGCGAAAACAACGGUGAUAAUAAGAAUCAAAAAGUUAUUCAUGGUAUUGUAUUUCUGACAUGUUUGAUUUUCUUCCAUUAAAUUUUCAUCCCUUUUAAUAAACUAAUUUAUUUUGUACAAAUUCUAAAGGAAUUAUGUUUGAUUUUCUUCGUUUAAUUUUUCUCUCCUUUUGAUAUCAAAGUAUAGAAAAUAUUAAUACAGCAAUUGCUUACUCUUUGCUGCCCUCAAUUUAAUUCUAUUUAAAUACAAAUAAUUGAUGUUGUAUUUCUAACAUGUUGUACAUACUGUUAGAUUUGGUACUAAAGAUGAACAACAUAAAAGCAUAACAAGAGAAAUUUUAUUCAAAUGAAAAGCUUAAGAGUAUAAUGAAUAAUCAGCCUAGAUACAGGCAGAAUUAAGAAAAUAAGAGCUACAAAGCAUUCUGUUAUAACAGCCUUAGAAGUUGGUUAUAACUAACUUAUAUCUACAAAGCAUAAAGUCUAAAACAAAUCUACACCUUUGAUAAGCAAUCAUCUUACA